UUGCCAUGCGCUGCCGGAACCUGACGGUUUCCAACACUCGCACUGUCCUCCUCACCCCGGAGAUCUAUGUCAACCAAAAUGUGUAUGAGCAGCUGGUGGACCUGCUCCUGGAGGCACUGAGGGGGGCACACUUUGAAGACGUGACCGAGUUCCUGGAGGAGGUGAUAGAAGCCUUAACAAUGGACGAAGAGGUGCGGACCUUCGGGGAGGUCAUGGUGCCUGUGUUUGACAUCCUCUUGGGCAGAAUCAAGGACUUGGACCUUUGCCAGAUCCUGCUCUACACGUACCUCGACAUGCUGCUCUACUUCACAAAGCAGAAGGCUAUUGCCAAGGUUUUUGCAGGCUACAUCCAGCCCAAAGAUCCCAGCGAUGGGCAGAUGUACCAGAAGACUUUGCUGGGUGCCAUUUUAAACAUCUCCUGCCUGUUGAAGACUCCUGGUGUUGUGGAGAACCAUGGCUAUUUCCUGAACCCAUCCCGGUCCAGCCCACAAGAGAUCAAAGUGCAGGAAUCCAACAUCCAUCAGUUCAUGGCCCAGUUCCAUGAGAAAAUCUACCAGAUGCUGAAGAACCUGCUGCAGCUGUCUCCAGCUCUCCCUGCAGCCGCCGUGGCCUACUCGAAACCGCGCUUGGCCACCUUUUGGUAUUACGCUAAAGUGGAGCUGGCCCCACCGACACCUGCCGAGAUCCCCCGGGCCAUCGACAGCAUGAAGGCCAUGGUCAGGAGCUUCCAGAGCGGCCGCCUGGCCCAGCUCACCGUCAGGGAAGCGCUGAGGAACGGUCUGGUGGCCACAGAGGUGCUGAUGUGGUUUUACAUCGGGGAGAUCAUAGGCAAGGGUGGCCUGAUCGGGUACAACGUCUGA